AUGCAAGAUUCGAGACCAGCGAUCAGAUCGACUUCUUCCGUCUCCUUCUCUGUCAUACAAGAUAAACGUACUCUGUGUCAAAUCCAUCUUAGCCGGCUCCAGCCGCCCAAACUCCCUGAUCCAUGGGAACGGGAUUGUCGCAAUCCAUAA